AUGAUUGAUGAUCAAGACUUGGAAUUCUUUGCCAACUUUCUUGGCAUUUUCAUAUUUGUCUUGGUGAUUGCUUGCCACUAUGUGAUGGCUGAUCCCAAAUAUGAAGGAAACUGA